GGUGGAGUUCGUAGCGGUGGCUUCUUCACAGUUCACAGCACCGGCGAUAGAGAAAACCAUUUCCAUGGCUAACCGAAACCCUAACUCUGAUGAGGUGGUGUGCGUAACAGGCGCCAACGGCUUCAUCGGUUCAUGGCUCGUCCGAACCCUCUUGGAGAGCACUAACCCACGCUACGCCAUCCACGCCGCCAUCUUCCCCGGCUCCGACUUCUCCCACCUCUUCUCCCUCCGCCCGGACGCCUCCUCCCGCCUCACCGUCUUCCACGCCGACCUCCUCGACCUCGCCGCCCUCUCCCUUGCCGUCGCCGGCUGCUCCGGCGUCUUCCACGUGGCCUCCCCCUGCACGCUCGACGACCCCGCCGACCCGCACAAGGACCUCCUCGAGCCCGCCGUGCGCGGAACCCUAAACGUCCUCGAGGCGGCGCGGCGCUCGGGCGUGCGGCGCGUGGUGCUCACUUCCUCGAUCUCCGCGAUGGUGCCGAACCCCGGGUGGCCGGCGGGAAGGCCGCCGGACGAGGCGUCGUGGACGGACGUGGAGUACUGCCGGGCGCGCGGGAAGUGGUACCCGGUGGCGAAGACGGAGGCGGAGCGGGCGGCGUGGGGGUUCGAGGGCGUGGAGGUGGUGGCGGUGCUGCCGGCGACGUGUCUGGGCCCGCUGCUGCAGGCGGGGCUGAACGCGAGCUCCGUUGUGCUGCAGAGGCUGAUGAUGGGGUCGAGGGAGACGCAGGAGUAUCACUGGCUGGGCGUGGUGCAUGUUAGGGACGUUGCCAAGGCUCAUCUGUUGCUCUAUCAAUCGCCAACUGCUUCUGGUAGAUAUCUUUGCCCCAAUGGUAUCUUCCAGUUUUCUACUUUUGCUUCACUUGUCUCUCACUUGUACCCUGAAUUCCCUAUUCACAGUUUCCCAGAAGAAACACAACCUGGUCUGACACCAUGUAAAGAUGCAGCAAAGAGACUAAUAGACUUGGGCCUUGUCUUCACACCAGUUGAAGAUGCCGUAAGAGAAGCAGCAGAGAGCCUUAUAGCUAAAGGCUUCUUGCAACGCCCACCCUCACAGAAAUAGUAUUUAGAUUUUAUUUAACUUUUCUCUUUAGGUAAAAUAAUCAUCACUUUGUAUUUUUAUCUUGGAUACAAGUAGAAGUGAUAAUGAAUGUAAUUAUGCCAGGUUUAUCAAGGGGAGUAAUUAAUCUCUUAUUUUUGUUACAUUUAUUGCCUUAUUUUGGAAACCAACUUUCAUUAUCACUUCUGCUGUAUCACUAUCACAUGCCAAGUUGUCCUGACAGUAUUGUUGUCACUAUGUUAAUUUUAUAAACAAGGGUUUUGGUUUGGACUUGAAUCCUUUCAUGUAAAGAAGUGUGUUUAGUGAAAAGUGAUGGUGUACUUAUCUUUGACUUGAAUUAAAGUAUUUUGUAACCAGUUUCAAAA